GAGUACGGAGUAGUGGCCAUUGGUUGGGAUGAGUACGGAGUAGUGGCCAUUGGUUGGGAGGAGUACGGAGUAGUGGCCAUUGGUUGGGAGGGAGUACGGAGUAGUGGCCAUUGGUUGGGAGGAGUACGGAGUAGUGGCCAUUGGUUGGGAGGAGUACGGAGUAGUGGCCAUUGGUUGGAUGAGUAGGCAGUAGUGGCCAUUGGUUGGGAGGAGUACGGAUGGCCAUUGGUUGGGAUGAGUACGGAGUAGUGGCCAUUGGUUGGGAGGAGUACGGAGUAGUGGCCAUUGGUUGGGAGGAGUACGGAGUAGUGGCCAUUGGUUGGGAU